AUGGAUUUCAUCAAGACCAGUUCCCUGCGUGCUCUGAUUGAGUUAACUUUCCAACGCAACUGGAAUGGCCUAAUUUGGAUGAGUAGAAAAGGAGUUAUACCAAAAGAGUGGAGACUGUCCAGACGGCUCUAUCGAGAGAACAGCGCCCAACCGCGCAGUCCGGCUGGCCGAGGAACGCAUGUUCCGCGCUCGGCCAAAACUGUGUCCGUCCGUCUGAAGUCUCGGCCAAAGUCCAAAACCACUCGGCCGAUCACGCAUCACGACCCGGGAAACUCAAGCCCGCGGUCGGCCACGCCACAACCGCCACGCCACGCCGCGCACGACCAAAGCGCGCGAGCCGGGAAGUAA